AAAAAAAAAGUGUACAUUUAAGAAAAUUAGACGAGGGUUCAAAUUUCAGGAAUGAGUUGCUGUAAUUUUCCCCUUGUUUUGUUAACCAUAAGUUGUUGAUUCUGAUCGAGCUCCGCUACCGCUCCCUCUCUUUCCUCCGCAUGGUCUCCUAUUCGUGGUUUUUUAUGCAGUACCUUUGAGAGAAAAAAACCCUCUUAUUCUAUCUUUACCGGUUUCGAGCGAUUUCCAUUUCAGUUUCCCGUCCACAUCUGACCAUGAGCAGCGCCACCAGAGCCAGAAACUUCCGCCGCCGUGCGGAUGAGGUCGACGACGAUGGCAAUGGAAACGAUGAUAACAAUACCCCGACCGCCGCCACCGUUACAAAAAACCCCUCUUCUUCAAAACCCGCCGCAAAGAAACCCCCGAAACUCCUAAGUUUCGCCGACGACGAAAAUGAUGAACAAACAACCAAAGCCUCCUCGAAUAGAAACAGAGAUAAGGAAAGAGAAAAACCGUUUUCUUCCUCUCGUCUUUCCAAACCCUCAUCUUCUCACAAGAUUACCUCCACGAAAGACCGGAAAAAACCUUCUCCUUUACCUUCCAAUGUCCAACCCCAAGCUGGGACUUACACCAAAGAAACAUUACUUGAGCUCCAAAAGAACACGCGCACCCUGGCCGCCCCGUCGUCACGCGCUUCCUCUCUUUCAUCUGAGCCUAAAAUUGUCCUUAAAGGCCUUCUCAAACCCCAAUCCCAAAAUUUAAACUCCGAGCCAGAUAAUGACUCUCUAGAGAAACUUGAUAAAGACGACGCAGAGUCUAGGUUGGCAACGAUGGCGAUUGGUAAAGGGGUGGAUCUGGGUUCUUCGGCUUUUAUGGACCAGGCAACUAUUGAUGCUAUCAAAGCGAAGAAGGACCGCGUUCGGAAGUCUUUUGCAAGGCCUGCUCCUGAUUAUAUAUCAUUGGAUACUGGGAGCAAUCAUGUUGGAGGUGUGGAAGAAGAGUUAAGUGAUGAGGAGGAACCAGAGUUUCGAGGGGGAUUGUUUGGUGAAAGUGGGAAAAAGGGUGUGUUUGAGGUUGUUGAAGAGAGAGCAAUGGGUGUAGUUUCAAGAAAAGCUGGGAUUCUUGAUGAGGAUAAUGAUGAUGAGGAGGAGAAGAUGUGGGAAGAAGAGCAAUUUCGGAAAGGAUUAGGAAAGAGGUUGGAUGAUGGUUCUAAUCGGGUUGUUAGUAGUAGUAGCAGUAAUAAUAGAGCCGGCGUUGCUAUGGUUCAUGAUAUGCAGCAGCAACACCAGAAAGGGUUUGGAUAUUCCACAAUGGCUUCAUACGGAUUGAUGAUGCCUAGCGUGUCACCAGCUCCUCCUUCAAGCAUUCUUGGAGCAACUGGGGCUUCUCAAGGUUUAGAUGUUACGUCAAUAUCUCAACAAGCUGAGAUUGCUAAGAAAGCUUUACAAGAGAAUGUUAGGAGGCUUAAGGAAUCUCAUGCCAGAACCACUUCAUCAUUGACUAAGGCUGAUGAAAAUUUGUCAGCCUCGCUUUUUAAUAUCACAGCACUUGAAAAAUCUUUAUCUGCUGCCGGUGAGAAGUUCAUCUUUAUGCAAAAGCUUCGUGAUUUUGUUUCUGUUAUAUGUGAAUUUUUGCAGCAUAAAGCUCCCCUUAUAGAGGAACUUGAAGAGCACAUGCAGAAACUUAAUGAAGAACGUGCAUCAGCUGUCUUAGAAAGAAGAUCUGCAAAUAAUGAUGAUGAAAUGGUGGAGGUUGAAGCAGCUGUGAAAGCAGCAAUGUUGGUUUUCAGUGAACGUGGAAGCAGUGCUGCAAUUAUUGAAGUCGCUACAAAUGCAGCCCAGGCUGCAUCUGCUGCCAUUAGAGGAAAAGUGAAUUUACCGGUGAAGUUAGAUGAAUUUGGUAGAGAUGUGAACCGGCAGAAACGUUUGGAUAUGGAACGGAGGGCCGAGGCUCGUCAAUGCAGGAAAGCUCGAUGGGAUUCUAAGAGAUUAUCAUCCAUGGAAAUUGACAGUUCCUAUCAGAAAAUAGAAGGAGAAUCAAGCACUGAUGAGAGUGAUAGUGAGAAUACAGCAUAUCAGUCAAACCGCAACAUGCUGCUUCAGACAGCAGAUGAAAUUUUCAGUGAUGCGUCUGAGGAAUAUUCCCAGCUUUCUGUUGUUAAAGAGAAGUUUGAAAAAUGGAAGAAAGAUUAUUCUUCAAGCUACCGUGAUGCUUACAUGUCAUUAAGUAUUCCUGCUAUCUUCUCUCCAUAUGUAAGACUAGAGCUUCUUAAGUGGGACCCACUCCAUGGCGAUGAAGAUUUUUCUGAUAUGAAAUGGCAUAAUUUGCUAUUCAAUUAUGGUUUUCCUGAAGAUGGAAAUUUCGCCUCCAAUGAUGCUGAUGCUAACCUCGUUCCGGCACUAGUGGAAAAGGUUGCACUUCCAGUAUUGCAUCAUGAAAUUUCCCAUUGCUGGGAUAUGCUUAGCACGCAAGAGACGAAGAAUGCUGUUUCUGCCACAAGUUUGAUUAUAGAUUAUGUUCCUGCUUCUAGUGAGGCAUUAGCAGAAUUAUUAGUUACUAUCCACACUCGUCUAAGCAAUGCUGUCUCUGAUAUUAUGGUCCCAACAUGGAGCCCACUUGUGAUGAAGGCUGUGCCAAAUGCUGCUCGAGUUGCUGCGUAUCGGUUUGGAAUGUCUGUUCGUUUGAUGAGAAAUAUCUGCUUGUGGAAGGAAAUCCUUGCAUUGCCAGUUUUAGAGAAGCUUGCUCUUGAUGAGCUUUUAUAUGGAAAACUUUUACCCCAUGUUCGAAGCAUUACUUCAGAUGUUCAUGAUGCUGUCACAAGAACAGAACGUAUUUUAGCUUCUUUAUCAGGGGUGUGGGCAGGCAGAAAUGUCUCACGAGAUUCCAGAAGCAAGUUGCAACCACUGGUGGAUUAUGUGUUGUUGUUAGGAAAAACAUUGGAGAGAAGGCAUGCAUCAGGCGUGACUGAAAGUGAAACUGGGGGACUAGCUCGUCGGUUGAAGGAAAUGUUGGUUGAGCUAAACGAAUAUGACAGUGCAUGGGAUAUAGCAAGGAGGUUUCAUCUCAAGGAAGCAUUAUGAAAUAUGCUGUUACGGGUAUGAUAUGAUUAACUUGACUGAGUGAAACAAGUUACAGAUGCUGAUGAAAUGAAGAAAGGUGUUUGUUGUAGUUGAAUAAUAUGCCAAUAGUUCACUAUUGAAACUUAAAUUCUAAGGUUGGCUCUUCUUAGCAUCAGUUGGGCUGUAACUAGGAUGCUCCCUCUGUUGACCCCAUAGCUUUUACUCCCCACUUUAUACAGUUUCUUCUCUCUUUUUCUGUUUAACCAUUUGGCAUAGACCUCUGAUAUUAAACCUGGAAGUAUGCGCUGUCUGUUAGCUUCAAUAGUAUCUUCUAAGUUCUAACUGAAAGCCCUUUUGAGUUCUUUGAAGAACCUUGUAAAAUUUUGGGAUGCAAUACAAUUCUUUUUUUAGUGUUUCUGGUCCA